GUGGAGCGUUACAUGAUCCACCGAGGGCUUCUUACUUGGAAAUCUACAACGUUGCACCUGCCAUCUUGCACCAUGUCCUGCCAUUGGAAAAGUGGAUCUGUAAGAUCAGUUAGCAGCAUGAGCAGCCACAGGGUCAGCAGUCUGGCUGGGGACUUGGCUAUAGCAGCUGAACACUAUUCAGUUGGGAGUCAUGGAGCCAAUGAUAGUCUUCUGCAUGGAGGAGAAAAGGAGACCAUGCAAAACCUCAACAUUCGACUAGCUUCUUACUUGGAUAAAGUCAAGGCUCUGGAAGAUGCCAACGCUGACCUUGAGGCAAAAAUCAAGGAGUGGUACAUUAAACAUCAGCCAAAAGUAGAGGACUACAGCCCAUUCUUUCGCAUAAUUGAGGAUCUCAAAUGCAAGAUCUUAGCUGAAAGUUGUGAAAAUUCCCGAAUUGUGCUACAGAUAGACAAUGCCAGGCUGGCUGCUGAGGACUUCAAAAUUAAGUAUGAGAAUGAACUGUUCCUUUAUCAGAGUGUGGAAUCAGACAUAUGCAGUCUGCGUAGGGUAUUAGAAGAACUGACAUUUGCCAAGUCCACCCUGGCACCACAGCUUGAGAGUCUGAAGGAAGAGCUUGAUUGCAUGAAGAGGAACCAUGAAGAGGAGCUUAAUUCUCUAAAGGGAGAGCGAGCCGACGUCAAUGUGGAAAUGAAUGCUGCCCCUGGAGUGGACCUAACCAAACUUCUCAAUGACAUGAGAUCCCAGUAUGAAGAUAUCGCAGAACAGAACAGACAGAAGGCUGCCGAAUGGUUCAAUGAAAAGAGUGCAGAGCUCAACAAGGAGAUUGGCCACAGCACUGAAUUGGUUGAAUGUCACAAGACGCAGUUGACAGAGCUAAGACGUACUCUUCAAGAACUGGAGAUUGAGCUGCAGGCACAACUUGCUAUGAAAAAGUCUCUUGAGUGCUCCCUGGCAGAGACAGAGCGAUGCUACAGCACACAGCUGGCACAAUUGCAGGGUGUUGUAGGAAACUUAGAAGAACAGCUUAGCCAGGCCCGCAAUGAUCUGGAACGUCAGAAUUCUGAGUACAAACUUCUACUGGAUAUCAAGACCCGUCUGGAACAGGAGAUCGAGACAUACCGCAGACUUCUUGACGGAGAGGCAUGGCAUUGCAAAGAAGUAUCAAUCCCUGUGAAAGAGCCCAACAAGACCAGGAAAGUCACAACCAUUGUAGAGGAAGUGGUGAACGGUCGCAUUGUGUCACAUAAAGUGAAUGCUACUGAAGAGAAACUGAAGAUCUAAUUGAUAGUCUUGGACCAUAUGUAAAUGUUUUAUGAUGACUUAUAUGUGAGAGCAACACUUAGACCUCAUUUAAGACAAUGUCCAAAAUAAGAAUGAUCUCAGAAAGUGUGUGUUACCCACUGCAAUAAAUUAGAUGGCAAAUGAACCAUAUAACUGGAUGCUUUGGUCAACACGUUUAGGUUAACUCAAUAAGGUAGUGCAAACAACAAAACAAUAGCUGCAAUCCAAGGCAGCCAACAAAGGUUUAUUUUUCCGCAAUGAGUUCAGUUAAGACAACAUUUCUGAUUGGUUGCUGUAGAAACGAUUGUUGUUCUUUGUACUGUUUUAUUGAAUAUGUUUGAUACUGUCCGUGGUGAUACUUCUCUCAGAUGCUUUCAUAAAUGAGGCCUAGGGAUGUCAGUGGGAACUUGGUGUGAAGUAUCUGUUUUCCUUCCCUUUCCAAUAAACUUAUAUUCUGCAAAUAA